CGCUUACUGGAUGCGUGGAUUUUCCGGAUUUUCGUCAGUUUACACCGAGUUAUAGGACUAGGAAAUAGUUGCAGAGUUAAAAUACACAUUUCUCCUAAUGAAGCAGACAGCCGAAAAAUUUGAUGUCGAACGGUACUUUCUCGGCAUUUUGGACAAAGAUGAUAGUCUAUCAUCCGGGAUUGCUGCUAUCAAAACGUUGCUGAUGGUGUUGGAGAAAACUAAAUUUGACACCGUACAGGAACUGCACUCGACCAUCCAGGCGGCGGUGCAGUCCAUGCGCAACACGAACAAACCGAUGACGUCAGUUGUGUCCGGAAGCGAACUGUUCUCGCGCUUUAUUACGCUGGCAAAGUUUGACGAUAAAACAAUGGCCGAAGUUCGACAGAUUAUGCUGAGCCGGGGAAAACUUUUCCUAGACAAGCUGCUGGAAAGCCGGCACAUCCUUGCGAAACAGGCCACCGGCUUCAUCAGCGAUGGGUGUCGCAUUUUGACCCACUCCCGGUCACGAACGGUACGAGAUACGUUGAUACUGGCGGCAAAAAUGAACAAACGCUUUCAGGUUUAUUGCACCCAGAGCUUCAUCGAUAAGCAGGGGGAACAGAUGCAGAAAGAGCUGGAGGCUGAGGGAAUCGAGUGUACACUGAUUCUGGACUCGGCGGUCGGUUAUGUGAUGGAGACGGUUGAUCUGGUGUUUGUCGGAGCCGAGGGAGUCGUGGAAAGCGGUGGUAUCAUAAAUCGGAUCGGAACGUUUACGAUGGCCAUGUGUGCCCGGGAGAUGAAGAAACCUUUUUACGUGCUUGUGGAAAGCUUUAAGUUUACCCGGUUGUAUCCGUUAAAUCAGCGAGACCUGCCGGAUGAUUAUAAGUAUCCCAAAAGCAGCCUAGGAGAUAUCUCGAAAGCGCAUCCGAUGGUGGACUAUACGCCACCCGUUUACAUUACGCUGCUUUUCACGGAUUUGGGAAUACUGACACCUUCGGCUGUUAGUGAUGAGCUGAUUAAACUAUAUCUGUGAAUAAAUUUUAUCGUUUUAUAAAGAA